CAGACGUCAUUAAUGCUUGCCAAAACACCAUAAAGUUGUGUAAAUGCCUGUUUGACCUUAUCAAGCCAGUGUAUCUAGCUAACGGUAAUGAACAUGUCUCUACUACGCGUAUGUGCUGCUACAUCGAUUCUUCGUGCGACCAAAGGGUUAUUCAUGGAGUCUGCUUUUACAGGAUGCUUGCGGACAGCAAGUGGAGCAGCUAAGGACAAGGAGCCACUGCGCAAGGCCAAAACCCCCCAGGGCCGCUUUGACAUGAAUGAUGAGAAGAUAAAGGAUCCCCUUGAAAAGUUCCCUGAUGAUGUGAACCCAGCCACUAAGGAGCAGGGGGGGCCCCGAGGCCCAGAACCCACGCGCUACGGGGACUGGGAGAGGAAGGGCCGCUGUGUCGACUUCUAGUUUCCAUUCCUGGUAUAUUACACGUGCGAUGUGGACAUAUCUUAUCUAUAACUUAUGCAUCCAUGUCUGAGGAUUGUUGUGCAAGAGACCAGGAUUAGUACACCAUACUGAAUCAGUCUGGACUAUUUCCCCAUGAACCAUACAAUCUGAUUUGUAGUUUCACAUUUAUACACAUGUAGUCUGUAGAACAAGUCUCACUUACUUUUUAUGGUGCAAUACUCACUUUGCACACUAUUGUUUUUGUUGAGAUGUAUGAUGAUGAGACAUGAUGACCCAGUGAACAAUAAAGGCUGCUGAGGGAGGAUGGCUCUUAAUGGCUGAAAUGAAGUGAAUGGAAUGACAACCCCCCAGAAAAAAAAAGCUGGAUGUCAUAAGGUGUAUGCACCAAUUUGUAAGUCGCUCUGGAUAAGAGCGUCUGCUAAAUGACUUAAAUGUAAUGUAAAUGAUUCCAUUUACUCCAUUCUGAACCAUUUUAUGAGCCGUCCUCCCCUCAGCAGCCUCCACUGAUAGUGAACGAUUGUCAUGCAAGUUUAUUGCUUCCUGUACAGAGAUGUCAAUGUUGUGAAUAAAUGCAAUGUAAAAAAAUUCUAGAGAUUACUCUGGCAUGUUUUUACUUUUUGAUUAUUGCUCAUUAUAUUGAGUCAUUGACAAUGCCUCUGAUCUGGUCAGUAUUCCUACAUUAGCCCCUGUCUCUUUUCACUCUACUCUCGUUCUCUUUUCUGCCUCUUGGUUGUUUAUUGAGUCUAUGUGUACUGUACAAUGAAGGGAAGCGCUCCUGCUCAGCGACACUCAACAGGCAACCACCUGGCAUCCUGACCUGAGCGCUCUUCUACGUCUUGUCUGACUGGCACACCCUUACCCUGUGUACCCUGUAACAUGUACUGAACAAAAAUAUAAAUGCAAAAAUGUCAAAGGUUUGACUGAGUUACAGUUCAUUGAAGAAAAUCAGUCAAUUGAAAUAAUUGAAUUGUGCUGUGAUCUAUGGAUUUCACUUGACUGCACACUCUAUGCAUUUGAGAGAACUAAGCUUUUCGUGAGUAUGGAAAUGUUCUGGGAUCCAUAAUAAAUUGUCAAAAUUUGGGAUGAAGGGGAUUUUUACAAAGACAGAAUGUGAGUAUAUGAAUGUUGACUGCCCAACCACAUGUGACACCUGUCAUAUAGGCUCUACCCAAAAUUCACAAGAGCAUGACACCACCUCUACCAGGCUGGCCCAUUGUGAGUAGUAACGGUUCUCUGACAGAAUAUCUCUACAUUUUGUGAAACCCUGGGUGAUAUUUUAAAAUGGGUUUCAAUUGUGGGUGAGCGGCAAUAACAUACCAGUGCUUCCUAACAACGUCAUUAAAUGCCUUCCCCAAUGGUGAGUGUUGGGUGACGCAUGAUGGGACAUGUUCUGCUUCUUAUUUAACUUUUGGUAGAAGGCUUUCCAACUGUUAGUACUUCAAAAUUAUCAUUGGAAUGUUUUUCCCAAUUGUCUUUGUAUCCUUUUAAACUUUUGUGUGAGGUUAGUGGUCUGUUUCUGAUAAGAAGCAUCAAAGCUGCAUAUUCUUCUGAUGCGACUGAAUUGACUUUUAGGGAGACUUUUAAUAAGUGGACGUGGAUGAAAGCUGACACCUCUGAGGGUAUUCCUGUCCGUAGGUUUCCAGUGGAGAGGGAAGUUUUGUCCUUAAUAACCAUCACAUCAAGAACAUUGAUUUGUGAUAGGUCAUAGUUAAUGGUGAAAUGAAGGUGUUCAUUCAACGUUUAGAUAAGCAUGGAAUUCCAAAAGUUCUUCCUGGUUGCCUGUAUAGGUCACAAAAAUGUUGAAUUGGGUGCUGGGAAGUCGAUUACUGAGAACUGCCCCUAUAUAUAUAUAAAAUUACCUUCCACCACUUGGGAUAUGGAUGCCUGAUUAAGACCUAAGGGUCGAAAUGUUAUAAAUAAUUAUCAGCUGAGAGCAUGAGCAGCAGUGUGUGCCUUUUUCCAUCUUUUUCAGCUCAUGAAACAUGAGACCAACACUUGACAUGUUGCGUUUAUAUUUUUGUUCAGUAUAAAAGCAGUGGAGCCCUCUGUUGCUGAUGUGUGUGGCUGUAUUGAGACAUUUUUAACACAAAAAUAACAAAAGUGUUCUAAUACCAGCACACCAAUAUAUCCUUAUUGACCUGUAUUGAGUUUAGUUGUGAUAUUAAAUCAUGAAAUACUGUGAACAAUGUGCACAAGACGAAUGUAUAUUACUAGUUUCUUACAGAUGUGGCCCCCCACUAGAGGUUAGUGUUAGCUACAGUCUGGGAGCUGUCUGCUCAUCUCACUGGUUGAGAGUAAGCAGAUUGCCUGCCUUAAGCCUUUGGGACGACUCCCAUUGUUCUGGUGGAAAUAAGACCAUCUCGUCACUAUAUACAGCAUCUCUGGUUGUAUCUUUGUUACAAGAAGGGAUGUAGUGAAACAAAUGUUUCUGUAAGGAUGCGUCCAUUGUAUUUUUUUUAGUUGGCAUACAUUCAUCCAACAGGCACACGCUAAAGAAAAAGAUAUGUUCUGUUUGAGCCUCUCCUGGAGUGAAGACCUUUGUUAAAUGGCGAGGGCUGAGAGCAGGGGUUUCGUAAAGUCAUUUUAGAACUGGUUCAAUGUAGAAAUUGGAUACUUGAAAUAAAGUAGCCCCUAGUACUGUACAUAGAGUAAGUCUGUAGUUUACAUGGAUAAUUCUUGUGAAUGUGCUGUCACGGUCUGUUUACGUUUCGUUAUUUUGAUUUCCGAAUUUUGCACGCCCAAUUUUUCAGUUUUUGAUUUGUUAAAAAAGUUUGAAAUAUCCAAUAAAAGUCGUUCCACUUCA